GUAAGUAAAUGCCAGUGCAAACUGUCGCGAGUGCAGCGAGAUAACGUUUUAAAAAAUGGUUAUUUACGGUGUUUACAUUGUAUCCAAAUCCGGUGGUCUAAUAUUUAAUCACGAUCACAACGUACCGAAAGUCGAGGUCGAAAAACCAUUUAAUUUUCCGCUUGACAUCAAACUUUCCUACGAAAACAAAAAAAUAGUCGUAUCUUUUGGCCAGAGAGAUGGGAUACACGUGGGUCACGUAUUAUCCGCUGUUAAUGGUCUACCAGUGACUGGCAAAGAGCUAGACGAUGGAAGAGACGUCCUGGAGAUGCUCGAAAAGUCAGAAAACUUUCCCAUUACUCUAAAGUUCAGUAGGUCGAAAAUGACUACGAACGAGAAGAUAUUCCUGGCCUCAAUGUUCUACCCACUCUUUGCCAUUGCCAGCCAACUCAGCCCGGAGCCCAGGUGUUCAGGUAUUGAAGUGCUCGAAGCAGAUACAUUCCGUUUAUAUUGUUAUCAAACUUUGACUGGUGUUAAAUUUAUGAUUGUUGCUGAGCCUUCCCAACCGGGCAUGGAAAUCUUAUUGAAAAAAGUGUACGAACUUUAUGCAGAUUAUGCAUUGAAAAAUCCAUUUUAUUCUCUUGAAAUGCCUAUCAGGUGUGAACUUUUUGAAACAAACUUACAAAGCUUGUUGGAAACUGUUGAAAAAUCAGGUAUAAGUAAUGUAUAAAUACCAAGGGUAUUGUAAAUAUGACGAGCAGUGCAUAGUUUGAUAAGAAUUUUUAUUUUACAAAAAUAUAUGUAUAUAUUAUGUUGAUGCUUACACC